UCAUUUGGGUUGGGGCGAGCGAGCGAGCGUCACGUUAGCUCUGGGCACAGUUACAGACACCGUUCCACACGUUCACGUUCACUUGUCGCGACGAGUUUCAGUUGGUUUCGCUGUUUCGUUAUUCUUGAUUGUUUUUCUUAUUAUUUUGUUGUUUUUUGUUUUCUGUGUGUGCUUCUGCUCUGUCCCGUCUCUGUUGGAUCAGAUCAGAACAGAUCAACAUCGUCAUCAUCCGUUGAUCUGCGCCGUAGAACAGCAUCGUCGAUCAGUUCCAAUUGAGAUCCGUAAACAAAAAGCAACGCGAUCGCGCCGACUCUUUCCAAGUGAUCCAAACAGAACGAACAGAAGGAGGCCCAAGCCCAAGCCCAGCCAUGGAGGUGUACACGUCGGACAGCUCGGACACGGACUCGCGCGACCAAAAGACCAUCGAUUUUGGGCGCAUGAGUCUCGAUUCGGUUACGCUCGAGGAUCACCUGACAUCGCCGCACAAGGCCCUGCUCAAGUCCAGCGGCGACAUUGAGACGAUGCUGCUCAACCACAACCGACUGGUGAGCCUGCCCCGGGUCCUGCAGCAGUUUGCCAACCUCAAGGUGCUGGAUCUCAGCUCCAAUGCGAUCACCCAGCUGCCGGAUGCCAUCUGCCAGCUGCCGCUGGUCACAUUGAUUGCCAAGAACAAUUUGCUGACCAACUGCUCGCUGCCCAAGUCGCUGCUGGCCAAGCAGGCGGCCGGCGGUGGCUACGGACACGGACACAGCACCCUCAAGGAGCUCAAUCUGAGCGGCAACCAGUUGACCCACUUCCCCGAGCAGGUCACCGAGCUGCGCCACCUCAAGUAUCUGUAUGUGGGCGGCAACAAGAUAACGGGCAUCUCGAAGGACAUUUGGAAGCUGCAAAGUCUGCAUGUGCUGUCGCUGGGCGGCAACCUGAUCAGCGAGGUGCCCGAUGCUGUGGGGUCACUCAGCCAGCUGCAGGCGCUGGUCCUGUGCGACAAUCUCAUCGAGAAUCUGCCGAUGAGCAUUGCCCGGCUGAAGAACCUCAAGUCGCUGCUGCUGCACAAGAAUCGUCUGCGCCACUUGCCCAAGGACAUUGUGGCCCUGAAGAACCUAACGGAGUUGAGCCUGCGCGACAAUCCGCUGGUGGUGCGCUUCGUGCAGGACAUGGCAUUGAAGCCCCCAACAUUGCUGGAGCUGGCUGGCCGCAUUGUGAAGGCUAGUGGCCAGCGGCCCGGACCCUACGACAUACCGCGUACCCUGGCCGAGUAUCUGAACAGUGCCAACUGCUGCGUGAACCCCAACUGCAAGGGCGUCUUCUUUGACAAUCGCGUGGAGCACAUCAAGUUCGUGGACUUUUGCGGCAAGUACCGCGUCCCGCUGCUGCAGUAUCUAUGCAGCUCGAAGUGCAUCGAGCAUGAGGAACCGGCGCGCGGCUCCAGUGCGAGCAGCAGCGCCAAUAGCGGGUUCAUGAUGCGCAAGGUGCUCCUGGGCUAGGCCGUGCGGCCCCGGCCUGGCCCUGGCCCUGGCUGGCAGCAGGAGUGCCAUCGGAGCGUCGUCGGUGGCUGGCAUCGACCGGAUAUCGAUAUCGGAGACGGAGAUCCAUUCGUUGUAAGGCCGCGGGGCCCCAUGGCACCAGCGCCGCGCCAUCGGCUCUGGAGUUUGGCGGCCGCCGGGCCCGGCCCGUCCCACCGGCUCGCCGGCACAUCCCAUUGGCUUUAUCACGUUAUCAAGUCAAAUUUGAUCUAAUUUGCUAUAUGAUUAUCGAGUCGUUCGCUUUGUUGUUGUUUGUUGUUUGUUGUUUGCUUGUUGUUAUAAAGCCCGCCUUCCCACACCCCCCCAAAGAUACC